UUUGCUGGGAAGCAGCUUGAGGAUGGCCGCACCCUUGCCGAUUAUAACAUCCAAAAGGAAUCAACUCUGCACCUGGUGCUUCGGUUGCGUGGUGGUAUGCAAAUCUUUGUGAAAACUUUGACUGGGAAGACAAUUACUUUGGAAGUGGAAAGCUCAGAUACUAUUGACAAUGUGAAGGCCAAAAUCCAGGACAAGGAGGGUAUCCCUCCAGACCAGCAGAGGUUGAUUUUUGCAGGCAAGCAGCUGGAGGAUGGAAGGACCCUUGCCGACUACAACAUUCAAAAGGAGUCGACCCUGCACUUGGUGCUCCGUCUGCGUGGUGGGAUGCAGAUCUUUGUGAAGACCCUCACUGGGAAGACGAUAACUCUGGAGGUGGAGAGUUCUGAUACCAUUGAUAAUGUGAAAGCUAAGAUUCAGGACAAGGAGGGCAUUCCUCCGGACCAGCAAAGGCUCAUCUUUGCCGGUAAGCAGCUGGAGGACGGGAGGACUCUUGCAGAUUACAACAUUCAGAAGGAGUCUACCCUUCACCUUGUCCUUCGUCUCCGUGGCGGUAUCUGAAUUCUGAAUGAUGCUUGUGGUUCCAUCCUUGUCUGAUCAGUGAACAGUGACUUUUAAAAAAAAAAUUCUGUAAUUUUAUAUUUCGUACUCUUUAAUUGGCCAAUGGAUGGGUCACCAGAAACUAUUUAGUUAAUAAAUAAAAAUGCUUUAUACGCAUAUGCUCUGUUCCUUCUUGCAUUUGGAUUUUUUCUGUUUUACAUGCAUCUGUAUUGCUCUGCCUCAGACCGGCAGAGGGGCUCAUCUUUGCUGUUAAGCGGCUGGAGGACGGGGAGGACUGUUGCUGAUUACAACAUUCAGAAGGAAUCCACCCUACACCUAGUCCCUCUGCCUUCGUGGUGGUUUUUAGAUUUUCGUUGAUGCUUGUGGUGCCAUCCUUGUUUGAACGGCAGCAUUAGCUAUAAUAACAAGUUAUGUGGUUCUGUAUUUUCAUGGUCUUGAAAUGGCUGAUGGAUGGAUGGCUUAUCUUAUUACUCUUUA